UGUACCGACUUAUUUCAUAAACUUAAUGAGCUUAUUUUUGAUUAUAAAGAUAUUAAAUUAAAUGCCCACUGCACAGUACCUAAUAAAAGAACUUGAUAAAAAAAAACAUUUUUUAAAUUAACAUCUAUUACUUUAUUUAUAUACUAGUAAAGUAAAGCAAAGAAAACAUUUUAACUAAGUUUUCACUGAAAUGGAAUAGGAUUAAUAUUUAUGUAUAAGCACAUUAUGAUCAUUAAUCGAACUAUGUAAUGUAAGUGCAAGCUUGUAACGAUGUCUAUAUUUUAUAUGACCCCAGUAAAAGGAGAGAUACCAGUACAUUUAUUAGAAGUUAUUGUGGUUCAACGAUUAGAAUAUUUAAAAUUGGUAUUAAAGGGUGAAAAUAUUACUUAUAAUGAGUACCUGAUUGAAGACAGCCUUUACGACAACGUGGGACACUUUACGCUUUGUAUAGUCGCUAUAUUAAAUGGCAACAGAGAAUUCUUAAUGUUUUUAACAAAAACAGAAACAGAGUUAUUUCGUCUUCGGACCAACUUAUUUUCGACUUACGAGUUAAGAUGUUUUGCUAAGAAAUUACUAAAAACCAUCAAAAAAAUUGUUACUGAGCUGUCAUUUGUUAAUUCUUUGGAGAUCUUAUGCCAACAUUUAGUUCUCAAGCAUAUGGCAAAGCACAUACUUACACAUGCCAAAAAAUGUUGUGAACAUAAAAUUAAUAUACCUUUCAAGCAAUGCUUGUCGUUUGUAGCUAAUAGACAAGUUGAGUUAUCAAAUGGCGUAGCUUUAGUACCAUGUAGUAAAUGGAAACAGUAUUUGGUGUCUUUAUUUGAAGAAUAUAUGAACUACAAAUUGAAAACAAAUAUUAGACGGGUUGGUGUUGACCCACGAAUAAAUAAUUUAGUUAAUAGAUUGGACAAAGAAUUUAUAUCGUCAUUACUUAAUCAAAGUAAUAUAUUACUUUGUAAGGAUGUUGAUAAUGUAUCAAAAUAUUUCCCACUGUGUAUGUUGAAUCUUCAUCAAACUUUAAGACAAAAGCACAGACUAUCCCAUUCACAGAGGUUUUAUUAUACUCUAUUCUUGAAAAGUAUUGGAAUGCCUGUUCAAGAAGCGAUAGAAUUCUGGAAAGCAGAGUAUACUCAGAGUCCCGAUGGCAAUCACAGAUGUAGUCAUAGUUGGGAACAAGAUGAGAAAAAAAUUGUGUAUGGUAUUAGGCAUAUGUAUGGCUUGGAAGGUGCCCGAAAGAAUUAUGUUUCAGUCAAUUGUCAUAGGAUACAGAGUAUGGACAAUUGUGCUGAAGGAGGUUGCCCAUUUAAAUAUUUCGAUGAUAAAAAAUUAUUUAAACUUUUAGAGAAUCAUUCACAAAUUUCAAUGUCACAAUUAUAUGAAUUAAAGAAAAAAAAACAGUACACAUCAGCUUGUAUCUUGACUUUAAACAAUAUUGAAGAAUGUGAUAAUUAUAGAUUUAAUUUUACACCAGUUGAAUACUUUUCAUUGAAUCUAAAACAAAAUCUAUUACAUGAAAUAAAUGAAUAACAGAUAAUGAUAUUUCUCACUUGAAUAGAGAGGAAUAGUAGAAUGAAAUACUCAUAAUAUUUGCUUAAAUUGGAAUUAA